UUCUCAACUCCUCUCGACCGCGGUUUGCAUCUGUUUUGUUGUAUUUUGAUCGUGCACGUUUUUUACGUUCAACUAAAAGCAGAAAGUUAUACAAAAAGUUUUAAGUACCAUAAUAUUGGAUUAAAAUAAAUUUCUACAAAAUGUUGGUUUUGUUUGAGACUUCUGGCGGAUAUGCCGUAUUCAAAGUUCGUAAAGAGAAAAAAUUACGAGAUGUUGAAAAUAUUUAUCAAGAGCACGUAGAGCCGGAAAAAGCCCACAAAUUGCUUGAAUUGAAGUUGUUUAAAAAGUAUGAAGAUAUGGAGGAAGCCAUCGAAGCUGCAAAUCAACUAAUCGAAGGGAAAUUGGUUAAAGGUAUGAAGAAAAAGUUAAAGAGUCUUUUAAGUGAAGUUGGAGCUGAUGAGCUGGCCGUUGCCGAUCCCAAACUUGGUAAUUCCAUCAAAAAGAAGCUUGAAAUCAAUUGCAUCACCAACAACACAGCCGUCAGUGAGUUGAUGCGUGUUAUCAGAUUACAUUUUGAUAGCUUUAUUGAAAAUUUGCCGGAACGUGAUACAGAAGCCAUGUCUCUUGGCGUUGCUCACGGAUUGGGUCGUUAUAAAUUUAAAUUCAGCCCUGAUAAGAUUGAUAAAAUGGUCAUCUCUGCAGUGAAAGCUCUUGAGGAUCUUGACAAAGAAUUAAAUAAUUACAUCAUGAGAUGUAAAGAAUGGUAUGGAUGGCAUUUUCCUGAACUGGUUAAGCUCAUUAAUGAUAACCUUACAUACAUUAAGUUUGUUAUUAAAGUUGGAGAUCGUGACAACACAGCAACCAUGGAUCUUUCCGAUCUGCUGAGUGAGGAAGAUGAUAAAAAAAUCAAAGCUGUAGCUGAAAUUUCCAUGGGUUGUGAAAUGGCAGAAGAUGAUUUCCGUAACAUACGAGGCAUGUGUGAUGAAGUGCUCAAGCUGUAUGAGCUACGUUCCAAUCUUCAAGUGUAUCUGAAGAAUCGUAUGACAGCUCUAGCACCUAAUGUAGUUUCCCUAGUUGGAGAAAUGGUGGGAGCUAGAUUGAUCGCACACGCCGGUUCGUUGGUGAAUUUAGCGAAACAUCCUGCUUCUACUGUGCAAAUUCUCGGAGCCGAAAAAGCUCUGUUUCGUGCUUUGAAAUCACGUCACGACACACCAAAGUAUGGUCUUAUCUAUCAUGCCCAAAUGAUAGGACAAAGCAAACCCAAUGUCAGAGGUAAAAUUUCUCGUAUGCUUGCAGCCAAAACUGCUCUUGCUUGCAGAGUCGAUGCUUUUGGUGAAGAGGAAAUCGAGAUUGGUGUUACGGCUCGUGCCAAAUUAGAACGCCAAUUAAAAUUGAUAGAGGAAGGACAUAGUAUGCAAAUUAGUGGUAGAGGUAAAGCAAAAGCUAGGUUUGAAAAGUAUGAGAAUAAAAGUAAGGUAUUCCAAUAUAAGGACUCAAGUGAUUCGUUUUUAAAUGAAUCCACUGGAUCUGUUGGACAAAAAAGGAAAUUUUCUGAUUCACACCAAGAGUCUAAAAAACCAAAAGUAGAAGUUAAGGAAGAAGAGGAGGAGGAAGAAAGUGAUGAAUAGUUGUUGUAUGGUUGGGAGUGAAGAAAUUCCAGAACUAUCUCCAUAUUUUAUGCCAUAUAUGAGUCAUUUUUUUGUUAAAGUCAACCAAUUUUAAAUUUUUUAUCAUCAUUGCAUUCAUUACUCAAAUAAUAUUGUGAAGCUGGAAUGUAUGUAUUGUUAAGAACUGUUAUAAAUUUGGUGUUAAAUUGAA